ACAACCAAACUCUUGGCAUUUCAGUAAAAUCCUAACCCAAUCCCAACUCUAAAAUAUUUUCUCAAAAACCAUCUCUUAAACCCUCUAUUUCUUUUUCACUUUCUUUCCUUUUCUCUCUAACCAAACAACAACUUCAAGAAGAAUGACCAUAAUCUUUUCACAAACCCUAAUCACAACAAUAUUUUUUUCUCUAUUUUUACAAUUCUCUAACUCCUCUUCUAUCCAUGACCUACUGAUCUCAAAAGGAUUACCAGCCGGUCUUUUACCAAAAGAAAUAAAAUCCUUCACAUUUUCAGAUCAAAAUGGGAAUCUUGAAGUGAAUCUUGAUGGGCCAUGCUUAACAAAAUAUGAAAACAGAGUGUUCUUUGAGAAAGUAAUUAGGGCAAAUCUUACUCGUGGCAGUCUUGCAGGCGUUACUGGUUUAACUCAAGAAGAAUUAUUUCUUUGGUUACCGGUUAAAGAUAUAACCGUUGAUGAUCCAAAAUCAGGUCUUAUUUUAAUUGACAUUGGUGUUGCUCAUAAACAGCUUUCAUUGUCUCUCUUUGAAGAUCCUCCUGACUGUAAACCUCAAGGUGUGUUGAAGAAUGGCGUGAGGAAAGAGAAAGGAUUUGAGGCAUUGAGAUAGAAAAAGAUGCCAAGCUGUUUACAACUUUGUCUUUUGUCUUCCAUAUAAUCUUUAUAUAUUAAUAGUAAUAUAUAAUGUUAUGUGGUGAGUACUAUUAUUAAUGGACUAAUUUGCACCCUAAUUAUGUCUUUUGUUUAGGACUUAUUAGAUUAGAGAAGGGUUUAUUAGGAACUGUAAAGAAUCUUUUGUCUCUAAUCCAAUUAGAAGAACUUCUAAUCUUCUAACUUUUGUUCA